AUGACCGUACGCGAAUCUAUUUUGAAUUCUGUUCCCUCUCAGUAUUUUCCUUUGACAGUUGUGGUGGGAUGUGUUGCAACGAUUGCAACUACGUAUACCCUCUCCACCUAUCAGGGACAUACCCAGCCAUUUCCCUACACAGACAUUACCCAUACAGCUCGAUUCACUCCGGAAAGAUACAUCUUCCGUGUAGGUAUGCUAUGGAUGGCUGUUGUCAUGGCGUGGAAUUGGAACAUUCUUUUUAAUUGGUUGUGGAAUGUCAGUGAAUCGAUUCGAAAUGUUUCUUACAAGUUGGAUUGGAUCAAGACUCAUCAUCAUGACAAUCAUGAUUCGGAUCCAGUUCCACCACCGCCACCUCCAGCUCCUUCCACCACUCAUCACAUUCUCCACAUGAUUUUCUAUUUGGGCCUUACUUCAUGUGUUUCUAUCACCAUUAGCUCCAUGUGCAUCACUUCGAAUAGCGACAUGCCUUGGACCAUGCAUGUGAUUGGAGCUACAAGUUUCUUUGUAUUCUGUUUAAUUGCACAAACUCUUACCACUUACAAGUGUUAUAAAUUGUAUAAGGAAUUGGAACAAGUAAGAUCAGAGUUAAAUCAAGACGAAGCAUUGGCUUGCUCUGAAUUGGCUCAAGAAGCAAAGGACAUUGUCUUUAUUUCACGUAAAUCACUCUACACCAAGCUUACUAUUACAGGAUUAACUGUUGGUGUUUUGAUUGUGAAUAUUUUGACAACUGUGGUUUCAAGUGAAAGUGGUCCAAUGAUGUUUUCUCAACUUGUUUCUAAAAGUACUACUCUUGGACAUGGACCCCACAAGGCAACAGCUUCUGGACUCUCUAAACUUGAUCUUAAUGGAGGUGAAGCAAUUAUUGGAAGUGCUUUGAAACAUCAUCAACAACCUGUACAAGAAAAUACUCAAUCCUUAUCGGCUCAAGUGCUCUCUACUGCUUCGAAUGCAGUAUUCCAGGUUGCAUCUGCGGCCAUGAAUUAUGAUCCUGAGGCGCGUUUGAAGAGUACCACGAGCAACAUUGUUGAAUGGACUUGUACCUUACUCAUCAUUAUUUAUUUCACAUCAUUUGUUUUUGAUUGGAGUGCAGCCAAAAUUGUGACUCAAGUCGGUCAACUAUUGCUUCCAAGUCAAACCACGAGACGAAUUCAAACGAAUAGAGCUGUUGUGGUUCCUCCUCCCAAUAAUCCCAAUGCAGUGAUGACCACCAUGAUGCAACCAAAUUUGCAUCCAAUGUUUAGACCAGUCCACAUGUACAACAACCAUUCACAAGAAUAUGAAAUGAUGCAUCAACCUUCUCCACAACAGCAACAACAAGUGUAUGUAUUUCCUACAUCAUCAGCAAGAUCCUCACCCAUUGGUUCAUUCUCAAGUGUUGCUGAAUCCUCACAGCAACAAGCAUCACUUUAUCCUUCAGCUUAUAACAUUCAAUAA